AUGUGGCAGGGUUCUCAUGGCCGUGGCGGAGAGGCGUGGGGAGGCUGCCGAUGCGCUCCCACAGCCAAGGGUGCGCGUGGGGCUGAAAAGAGCUAUAAGUUGCGCUUAUGCUAUGGUCCUGGCGACCAAUUCAGUGCUCCUGGCGGUACCGUGAACAUCAGCAAGGGCAGUGGUAACCAAUUCACUGAGGGCACUUUCUCUGGAGCACAUAGUCUUGUCCCGAUCCCUUGCCGGGAGACGCGCCGAUGCCUCAUAAAGCUCGACUCGUCCGCCUCCCGAGCCCAGAGCCGGAUGGGGUUGGAGGGUGUCCUGUCUCUUCAUCGACGUUAG